ACCACAUUCGACAUCACUCACUUUCCAGCUCUCAAGUCUUGCACAUCUCAUCAUCCGCUCUCCCAGCACAAUUUUCCUUUUUUCUCGAACUAACUCGAGUGAAAACAUUUGAAUUUUUUGACUUACUCAACAUCCUCAACCGAAAAAAACAAAAUGGCUCCAGUUGUGACUCUCGAUUUCGCCAGUGAGACCCCCAUCUCCCGCACCGUCCAGUACAAAAAGGUUACAAAGCCAUUGCUGGAACGACAACGCCGGGCUAGAAUCAACCGGUGCCUGGAUGAGUUGAAAGAUCUGAUGGCCGGCGCUUUGGCCGCCGAGCACGGCGAGGCCGGCAUGGCCAAGUUGGAGAAGGCCGACGUCUUGGAACUCACUGUUCGCCACUUGCACAAAUUGCGCCGCGAACGCCGUCUAGCGGCCAAUCCGGUAGUGGCCAGCGAUCGCUUCCGCGCCGGAUUCACCCAGUGCGCCCGCGAAGUGUCCGUCGCCUUGGCUGCCAUUCCCGGCGUCGAUGUCACGCUCGGCACCCGGCUCAUGACCCACCUCGGUCACGCCCUCAAUGGACUGGAUGCUCCCACCACCACCACCCCGUUGACUUCGACUCCCGUGCCGACCGCCAUCACCACGGCUCUGCCCAUCCGCUCCUACAGCCCACCGGACUCUCCUGAUUCCAUCACCGACGCUCACGAGCUCCAGCAGCAGACCAUGUGCUGGCGCCCGGAGUCGCCCCUGUCCAGCGGCUACGGCAGCGACACCAACGCCAUGGAACGCCCGUCGUCCAAGACCUCGUCCACCAGCUCAGUCUGGCGUCCGUGGUAGAUUCUUCCGCAACACGCUUCAUUU